UUGUUCAGUUCGCUCUCUUUCGGAAAUCGAUAUAGAAGUACGUAAACAAGAUGUCCGGGAACCCCGAUAACAGCCAGUUCAACGAUGACGAAUUGGUGCCACCUGCGUGGCUGAACUCGGAGUUCAUAGCUGAUGCUCUGGGAUCCCAUGAAGAAGAACCCGAGCUCAAGGUAAUUGACUUGACCUUGUCCCCGGCGAGUGCCAAGGGCGAUCACUAUGCCAGCAUCAUGUUCCGGGCAAAGGUCAAGUAUACCAACGCGAAGGGGGAGUUCGAGAAGUCGCUGAUCGUUAAAACGAUGCCAGAGGAGGAGGGUCACAAGAAGGAGUUGAUAGGGGGAUCGCCGAUAUUCGAAACGGAGCUGGGCAUGUACACAAAGGUACUGCCCGAAUUCGAGAGGAUUCUUCGCCAGGCCGGCGAUAGCACCAAGCUGUACGUUAAUUGUAUAUACCACAGCCUGGCGCCACAUCAGGUGCUGAUCUUUGAGGAUCUCGUGGAGAAGGGCUACUUUGUGCUGAGGGACCGGGAAGCCACCAAUGACGAGAUUGAUCGGGUGUUAUUCAAACUGGCCAAGUGGCAUGCAGUCAGCAUAAAAGUUCAGCACGAGCAACCAGACUUCUUAGCACCAUAUACACACGGACUUUUUGAGAUGCCCCAUGUAUUGACUGAGCCUUUUAUGAAAACUGGAAUGGAUUUUUUCGUGGAGCUUUUAAGUAAAGAGCCGGAGCUAAAUAAAUACAAACCUUACUUUGAAAGCAUCAAGGGAGAUUUUAUGGAACGACUUUUGACAGAGUGGAAUGAAGCCAGGAACAACCCAAAAGUAGACCAGUACAGGGUACUUUGCCACGGAGAUCUACACCUCCGAAACAUAAUGAUCAAGUAUAGGGAUCCUAACUGCUUCGAAGACUGCAUGUUACUGGACUUUCAGAUCUCGAAUCUUUUCCCCCUGACAUUCGAUCUGGUUUAUUCGAUUUACAUGCUCUUCGAGCCAGAGCACCGCUUUAAGCACUGGGAUGAUUUUAUCGACUAUUACUUUUUCGUACUAGAGGAUGUUCUAAAGAGAAUCGGCUACAAGGGUGAAAUGCCCACCCAAUCGGUUCUCUGGGAACGCCUGCAUCAGCCUAAAUACUAUCAUUUCUUCCUUAUAAGCACCUUCUUGCCUUUGAUGUGGGCAAUGAAGGAUAAGUCCGUGGAGUUUGGCGAUCUGCUUCAGAAUGAAGAGAAACGAAGGCAGUGCUCCUUUUCCACAGGCUAUAUUAAAGAUGUGAAAAGACUGCUGGCCCGACUUGAUUUGUUUGGCUUACUCCGAGAUUGAAAAUGUAUUUCUAUUGGUUUGUAUAUAUUAAAUCAGUAUUUUCAUACCAGUUUUUGAGCGUUGUUAAUAAAUAAUAUAGAAAACAA